UCGGUGUCCGUCGUAAGUACACGUGUCCCUCAAUGACAAUAAUAUUAUUUUUAACACGGUGAAUGCGUCGUGAACGAGUCCAUCGGGCGACUUCCCUCGGUACACACGGAUCGUAAAACUUAUCAAGUAUAUCGACGGCUAAUGUGGUUAAAGUCAACGUCAUCGGCCACCUUAUUAAACUUUACGCUGCAGCCCUGAGCUCUACAGGACUUACAAUCGUCUUUGCCGCUUCCGCGCGAGCACCGCCAAAUGAAAAUUACCAGAAGAGUACCGGAAACGCAUCCGGCGACAAAAAUGGUUUGAUUUUUUGCCAACCUGUGGCCUAUUGCUGCGAAUAAAAGGUGCUGUUGGCGGAGGCGGCUGGCCGGGGAAGGGAGAUCGCCGUCCGGUGAAAAUUGUGCCCGCCACCUGUAUAACAGUAGCCGUGUACACAUGGUCCAGUAACGAUAUGUCUAGGAACAUGGGAGCCUCGACUCCGUCGUAUUACCCGUCCGAGGCCGACUUCGUGGUUAAAACGCCUCAGAGACCCGCCAAGCCAAGAAAGUCCAGACAUCACUCAGAUCAGGUUCAGUAUGUUGGACUAAUCGGUCUGGUGCAAGUAGUCACUGGAUGUCUAAUGGUCGUGUUCGGCGUAUUAUCAAUGCUGCACGAGGCGUCUGUGUCCAGCGUUGGUGCUGGCUUGUGGAGUGGAGCAAUGGCCAUGGGCAACGGGGUAGUCGGUCUUAUGGCUAGUUUAAACGGAUGUUUAGCUCCCGACAGGACACUAUCGCCGUUGUCUAUAACCAUAUACUUAGCCUUGUGUUUGGUGUCUAUAGGGGUCAGCAAUCUGGCAAUCGUGCUCACCGCCAUAGGGCUGCUGAAAGACUCGCAAAAACCAUACUACAUCUUACCUAAAGACAAGACACACUACAAAACACUAACGGCAGAACAGCUGCAAACGAACUGGGCGCCGGUAUUGGCCAAUUUAGGACUACUGUUGGCCACAUCCGUCCAAUGCUUGACAACUAUGUUGGCUGCUUUUCGGUUCUACCGACUUGUCCGGCUGAUAGUAGUCAACGAACCGCCAUCCCCUUGGCCAGGAGCCAGACACAGGAGCUCGUCGUGUUGCAGUUCCAGCGUUGGCAGCAAGCAAAAAUUAGUGCAAAAAUGGUUGGUACAACAGACUCCGACCGCCGACCGACCACUACAUAUUCACAGUCUUGGUCAGACUCCUCGAAAAUCUGGCGUUUACGACGAAACGGGUUCGUUGCCAAAAUGGAAAACUCGACCGUACACUCCAAAACAGAGACCCGAAAAACAAGAGAGGAAGUUUUCGGUAACCGCAGAUUCCCACAAAAUGUACACGGACAUGGACAGGGAAAUUGUUGAAGAGUUCAUUUCCGUUACCAUGGACCCGAAACCUCAGGGUUGAUCAUCCAAACGAGAUGUACGUCGAAGAAGUGUUCAAAACAUCGUCUUACUCACGGGAACAUAAAAUAACCAGGAUUCGAUAACCUCCAAAAACAUCCGCUGGGACGUAUACUUGAUUUUGUUCGAAUUUAUCAAUUAGAAUAUUUUAUUGUGUUAUGUAUGUGACCAGAGUACGAAGGAUCUGUAAUACGUCAAUGUCGAGCAAAUUGUGUGCACAUGUUAUUUAUAUAAUCAUUUUGUUAAAUAUAGUUAUAAUUAUAUUCAUACGGUACCUAACCACCGACCAAGAUUUUUAAGUAUAUUUAUUUAGAAAGUAAAAAUAUGUACGACUCAAUUAUUGUUGUUAGCUUUGAACUUAGCGUCGGUACCUACUGUUUAUAUUUUAGUAAAUAAGAAUUAUAAUUUGUUAAAAAAAUUAAAACCCAAAAUUUAUUUAUAGUACCGGAGCUGUCGGAUCCCCAUUUUCUUAUAAUAGGUGAAUUAUAAUUUGGUUGAUUCAGUUCAUUGAAGUCAAAGAAAAAAAAAGCAACUCGGUAAGAACUUGGAACAUAGAACUAAAUAAUAUAUUAGACACGAUAUUUUGUUGAAACGUUAUAAAUUCACCGGCUGAAUAGUCAAAACCUAGAAUAUACUUAUGUGUAUAAUAUAGUGAAUAAAAUAAUAGAA